AUGGCCAAAGACGUCUUCUCAGUCCCCGUCUUCCUCGUCGUCUUCCGCGAGACGCUGGAGACGGUCAUCAUUGUCUCCGUCCUGCUCGCCUUUUUGAAGCAGACGCUCGAUGGCCCAAAUGCCGACCGCGCAACUUACAAAAAGCUGCGGCGCCAGAUCUGGAUUGGCAUUGCCUCGGGAUUCUUGCUCUGCAUGAUCAUCGCCGCCGCCCUCAUCGGCGUCUUCUACACCGUCGGCUCCAACACCUGGGACAAGAGCGAGCAGUACUACGAGGGCGCCUUUUCGCUCGUGGCGUCCAUCAUCAUCACCAUCAUGGGCGCGGCGCUGCUGCGCAUCGGCAAGAUGCAGGAGAAGUGGCGCGUCAAGCUCGCCAAGGCCGUCGAGUCGCCCAUCAAGGUCGGGUCAAGCCGCAAUUGGGUCUCCCAGGUCUUGGAGAAGUACGCCAUGUUCUUCCUGCCCUUUAUUACUGUCCUGCGAGAGGGCAUUGAGGCUGUCGUGUUCGUGGCUGGUGUAACGUUUUCGGCUCCGGCGUAUGCGGUGCCUCUACCAGUUGUAAUAGGAUUAUUAGUUGGGGUUGUUGUGGGAUAUAUCUUGUACAAGGGAGGCUCAUCAACAAGACUGCAAUAUUUCCUUGUCGCAUCUACUUGUUUGCUGUAUCUCGUGGGCGCAGGAUUAUUUUCAAGAGCUGUUUGGUCGCUAGAACAAGGAAAGUGGAACAAUAUUGUCGGUAGCGAUGCCUCUGAGCUUGGCUCUGGUCCCGGAUCGUAUGAUAUUGACAAGGUUGUGUGGCAUGUCAACUGCUGCAAUCCCAACGUACCAAACAAUGGAGGCUGGGGAAUCUUCAACGCCAUCCUCGGCUGGAACAACACCGGUACUUACGGCUCCGUCAUCUCGUACAAUCUCUACUGGGUGUUUGUCAUGUCUUCGUUCAUCCUCCUUAGGUUUCGCGAGACCAAGGGACGAUGGCCUUUCCAGAAGGCGAAGCCCGCUGUCCGCGCUGACACUGAAGCCCGUAGCGGAAGCGAGAGCAACGACGGAGUUAUUGAGUCUAAAAACGUAACAGAAACAACGACGACGCUGCACUAG